AUGGCUUCAAAUGAGUUGGCACCGUGGGAGAGUGCCGUCGCGGGUGCCACGGGUGCAGUACUUGCAAAUGCUCUAGUAUACCCACUCGACAUUGUAAAAACUAGAUUACAGGUACAAAUCAAGAAAAAGGACCAACAGGUCGUCCAUACCGCCGAGAACCAUCACUACGACUCUACCCUCGACGCCAUCAAGAAAAUCAUCGAGCAUGAUGGCAUAAGUGGUCUAUACUCUGGAAUCAAUGGGGCUCUAAUCGGAGUGGCCUCUACAAAUUUCGCAUACUUUUACUGGUAUAGCGUGGUUCGGCACUUAUAUACCAAGUAUCAGAAAGUUCCUGGACAGCAUCCUGGAACUGCUGUGGAAUUAUUACUCGGUGCCGCGGCAGGUGCUGUUGCACAAAUAUUCACCAUUCCAGUUGCUGUCAUUACUACGCGGCAACAGACACAACCCAGAGGCCAUAAAAAGGGUCUUCUGGAGACUGGUAAGGAGGUGGUCCAGAGCGAAGAUGGCUGGACCGGUCUAUGGAGAGGUCUCAAGGCCUCUCUUGUGUUGUGUGUCAACCCCGCCAUAACAUAUGGCGCAUACCAGCGUCUAAAGGACGUUAUUUUCCCAGAUCGUGUGAGGCUACAUCCUUCGGAAGCCUUUUUUCUUGGAGCGCUUUCCAAAUCGAUAGCAACCUUGACUACACAGCCAUUGAUCGUGGCAAAGGUUGGUCUCCAGUCACGACCUCCACCAGCCCGAGAAGGCAAGCCGUUCAAAAGCUUCGUAGAAGUCAUGGCUUACAUUAUCGAACAUGAAGGCCCCCUUGCACUAUUCAAGGGCAUUGGCCCUCAACUUCUCAAGGGCCUAUUGGUGCAAGGUCUACUCAUGAUGACCAAGGAGAGAGUGGAGGUUUUGUUUGUGCUGCUCUUUGCCUAUAUCCGAGCAACAAAGGCAAGAAGAUUGAGGGAGGUGAGCGAAAAGCUCAAGGCCUCGGCUGCACCAGUGACGAGCGAUUUGAAGAAUCGUGUGAUGCCCGUCGCGGAGAACAUUCUCGAAAAGGCCAAAUCCGCUGUUCCCGUCUCGACCAAAUAA